UUUUUUUUUCUUCCAUGUAAUUUGUUUAUAUUAUAUACAUACUGAUUCAUAAUGAUUGAUGUUCAUGCUCACAUUACAAGUAGAAACUUUGGAGCACAAGCAUUUCAAGAAGUACUGCAGUCAGCCAAAGAAUCUGGUGUACAACAUAUUAUCAGCGUCUCAGAAACAGUUCAUGAUGCAUCCGAUGUUUUAACACUAGCGUCUCAAUCGAAUGGAAUGAUAUGGCCGUCACUUGGACUCCAUCCUGUGCAAUAUUUGGAUGGUGACAAUACUUCUGAACGAUCUGUUACAAAGGAUGAUUGGGAUAAAUUCAAACCUAUACUUGAAAAGGCGAUAAAAGAUAGAACAAUUGUUUGCGUUGGCGAAAUUGGACUUGAUUUUUCAAGACAUAUAAUACAACAAAACCCCAACAAUAUGGUUAAUGACGAAUCAGAACUAAGACAAAUGCAAUGUGAUAUAUUUCGUGAACAAGUGGAAAUGGCAGUCAAAGCGAAUCUACCAGUCAAUGUACACUCGAGAUCUGCUGGUCAUUAUGCGUUGAAUGUAUUGUAUGAAUGUGGAGCAAGGUUAGUCAAUAUGCACGCGUUUGAUGGAAAAGCAAGUUAUACCAAGAAAGCAGUGGAACAAGGUUUUUACUUUUCAAUACCUCCAUCCAUUAUCCGAUCACCUCAAAAGGAAAUACUGGCCAAAGUGAUACCAAUGAAAUGUUUAUUACUAGAAUCAGAUUCACCAGCAUUAGCACCUGAAAAAGGGAUGAACAAUGAACCAAAAUAUAUUAAAGUGGCAGCACAAGAAAUCGCUAGGAUCAAGAAUAUUCCAGUGGAAAAAGUAAUAGCACAAACUACUAUGAAUGCUAUUCGACUCUUUAAGGAUCAUCAUCAAGCAUGUUUAGAAUAGUUUAAACUUUUAUUAGUUGUAGUGGGUUUCAUCUUUAUUGUGUACUUAUGUUUGUGUGUGUGACUUUGUCCAUUUUGAAUAAAGCAACUCGGAAAGUGAAAUUUGAAAAAAAAAAUCGCCUCUCACUUUCUC